AUUUAAAAUAAAGUUCAGUAGUUACAUUAUAAUUUGUAGGCAGGUAACUAUUUAUAAACAUGAAUACCUUUUACAAGAAUUAGGUUUGGUUGGGAUCGUUAAACAUACCAGGUACGUGUAAUCCCAGUAUUUAUAAUUACUUCUAAACGAUUUGUUAUCUUUGUAAAUAUAUACCUUUGUUUACAAAUAAUAUACUUAGGUAUUAGUCCCUGUUUAUCAAUGGCGAGAUUAAGAUUACGUAGUUUUGUUAAUCCCAAACAGAUGCUAUCAGACAGGUGUUGGGUCUGCGGAAAUGUUUCGUAGUAACGGUUCUGUGGCGGUGUGCGUGAGUCAUCUCGUCCAUUGAGCGGCGGCGGCAACGGCGGUCCAUUGAGCGCCUCAUUACCGCUCCGCCGGCCGGCCCAGCGCACACGCUUCUCGCGCCGCUCGCCGUCUCCGACGCACUGCCUACGAUGUUCGCUCCCAACACUCGAUGCAACAUGGAGAACUUCUCGAAAUCUCACAUUUGGCUGGCCGCAGCGGCGCUGCUAGCGGCCUGUGGAGGGUGCACCGGCGCGGGCGUCGGCGGCAGGAGGCCGUUCACUCCCACCGACUCUAUCCUUGACAUUAUAGACACCGAGCAGGUUGAGAAGAUCCUCGCGGCGCGACGUCGCGCCGAGCAGGCCACCGCCACCUCGCCUUCAUAUGUUCAAAGGAACGAGCUAGGGGAAGGCACUUCUGACACCAUGAUCGUUUCGAUGCCAGAUCAAGAGGACAGCACAGAAUUGCCCCCGGGAGUUGAGUUCCGCAAAAUUCUGAAAUCUUCAAGGAAUGCCCUCGUUGUUACAAAGAAAGAAUACUUAAAGCAGGAUUGGUGUAAAACGGAGCCUUUGGUGCAGAAAAUUAGAGAAAACGGCUGUUUACCGGCGACCGUCAUUAACAACUUUUGUUAUGGACAGUGCAACUCGUUUUACAUUCCAAAAGGACCACGUCGUCGAGACGGAAGCGACGACCGACCGGCGCCCGCCUUCAAGUCCUGUUCUUUCUGCAAGCCUAAGAAGUUUACUUGGAUCACGGUCACGCUUAAGUGUCCGGGGCAGCGGUCGCUCUACAAGCGUAAGCGGCUGCAGAAAAUAAAACAGUGCAAGUGUUUACCGGUAGGAGUUGUGAAUUGAUCAUGAACUUGUGCAGGACCCUCAGCCGAGGCGGUGUAACCGUCAGAGCGGCGCCGCCGCGCCGCGCCCCCGGCCGCGGGAGCGACGAACGGGGUGUAACUCCGAGGAAAGCGAAUUCAGCUCUCACGAGGUUUUGUACAAAACGAAUUGUUACCCAUUGUUUUGAUAAGUAUUACUUGUGCAUUUCAAUUGUAACUCGGAGAAAACUGGUUAAAUAGUUUGUAUCGCAUGCUCUCAUAUACGUCAAUAGGCAUGACGUCAUGUGACGCAUUUAUAUGGAAUAAUAGUGUAGCUACUAGCGGCUUCGAUUGCAAGUCGUAAGCGAGAGCUUUAAAAUAUUAGCGAGGAGGAUUUAAUGGUACCGUAGUGUAGGUAGUGCAACUCCAGUCUCUAGCGCCGUUUAAAACGUAUGUAUCUGAAUAGGAAAUUGUUACUCGGAAAACUUAAGUAAUGAUCAAUAUUAAUCAUUAAGUAAUGAAAUAAUUAGGAUUUGAAAAGUGUGAUAUUAGUCAUAGCAUUUCGAUAUUUUACCCAGUGCACUGCGUUGAAUGCCUAUGUACAAUUUGUCUGCGUAGAAUUAUUUAUUUAUUAAAGUAGAUUUAAGUAGACACUAAUAUUGUUGCUGAAACGAAAUACGCUUAUAAUAGAUAGUGCAGUAUAGGUGAUGAAAAAAAAAUCGGCAACAAACUUAACAUAAUUUUACGCUAACGAAGGAUAUUUAAGAUCUCUGUAUGCUCUCGAAAUUUAUUUACAAAAAACGAAAA